AAUUUUAGAGGCCAUAAAAGGUCAAAACGUAAAUAGGUCAAAGUCCCAAUUUACUUUGUGCUCACUUUAAUUUGUGUAAAUAAUUACUGUAAUAUAAAGUUAAUAAUUAAUAAUGAUGUUUAGUGCAGGUAUAAUGGUACUCGUGCAUAUGCCCAGUCAAAAUUGGCCAACAUAAUGCAUGCCAAAGAGUUGUCCAGACAACUAAAGGCAAGGAAAGCAAAGGUAACCAUCAACGCCGUACAUCCUGGGAUUGUUAAAACUGCUAUUAUCAGGGAACACAACACCUUUCUCACAGAUUCCAUCUAUUUCAUGGCAUCAAAGCUUCUAAAGUCUACUUCACAGGGAGCAGCAACAGCAUGCUAUGUGGCACUAAGCCCAAAAACAAAAGGGGUGAGUGGGAAGUACUUUGCAGACUGCAAUGAAAGCCAUUGUUCAUCUUUAGCAAAUGAUGAGACCCAAUGCCUUAAGCUUUGGAACCAAACUUGUGCUCUUUUAUUUUGAACACACACACACAAGAACACUAGUGAUCAUGAU